AUGUCGGAAUUACCCGAAGACGUCAUCCAUAAGAUCCUCACUCGCAUAGAACCCUCAAAAGAAGCUGCGAAAACUAGCGUCCUGUCCCAAAGAUGGGCCAAUCUCUGGAGAUCUUACCCAGUCUUGGAAUUCGACGACACCCAGUUCGCAACGAAGAAAUCGGCGAAGAGAUUCGCCGCCGCUUUGAUAGGUCGAGGAUGUGUACAAUCCCGCUGGGAUUAUUACUGCCCAAUUCGAAUUCCAAUUCCGGCCACCGUUUCCGCCUUACCUUUGGUGCCUCGCAACCGCUGCCCCACCCCGCCAGCUGCCCGUUCGGUGUAG